CUUGAUCUUGUCCGUAGAUCUACCGCUGAGGAUGAACGACAACGAUGAGCAAUGAGGAAUGUGGGGUAAAACCUUCUGUUCGUGAGACACAAUAAUGUCGUUGUGUUUGAGAAAGGGAGGAUUGCACAAGUUUUAAAAAGGCACCGCGAACUUUGCUAUGUCGUUUAACCUAAGGACGAACUUAGUAAUGGACGUGGAAGGCAUCCCAUUACCUGGAGCCAAGGGGUCCAUAGAAACCUCUGCUGUGGAAGAAAUACCUUUACCCAAAAAUACCAGUGCACCACAGGAAUCCCACAAGCAAAAAACCAGGCCAAUCAAACUGAUACGUAAAAAGCUGGAGGAACUUCAACAGAAAAAGAAUUCCACUUCAGUGUCCACAUCAGUGGUACCAACAACCACUUCAGUUGCAACCCCAGCAGUAGUGACGGAGAUUUCACAGAAGCCUGCCCUCCCCAUAUCAGUUCAUGUGAAAACUAAGUUGAAUGAGGAGACUAAUACAAAUGAUGCAGAGGAUAAAACAGAGAGCAGUAGAUUGGAAAAAUUGGAAAGAGAGAGACAAAUGAAAGCAGAACAAGCCAAGGUUGUGGAUGACUUAUUCAAGGAGUUUUUGACUAAAAAAAUGCUAGAGAUAGAACAAGAGAAAACAAGAGACAGGCAAGAGAAUAGGCAGAUAGAGGAAGAGAGCAAAGAUAAAAAGAAGAGUAAAAAGGGAAAACAUAAGCACAAAGAUAAGAAAAAAGAAAGAGAAUCAUCAAGCGAGAAAUAUCAGACUAGCAAGCAUGAUGAGAAAGGAAAGAAAAGAAAGCACAGAGAUAGAAGUGAAGAUACAACAGAAAGAGACAGUCGUAGAGACAGUGGACGAAAGGAACAUUACAGAAAAAGUAAAAAGAGUAAAGAUUCACAAAUGUCAGAAGAUGAUGAAAGAAACUUUUCCCAUGAAGAUAAAAGUAAAAAGAGCAGGACCAACGAGAAUACAAAAUCUGAAAGUGAAUCUAGGAACUAUGAGAAAGAAACAGUUCAGAGUAGAAAAUCAGAUGUUUUAGGGCUACAUAUUUCUGAGGAUGGGAAAAGGGCUCAAAUAGAUGACAUUCCUUGUACUGUUGGUCAAAACAAUGACGAUAGUUUUGUACAAGUUACACAAGAUGUUUCAAAAGGAAAUGAAAACAUUGAUGUAGAUCCUAUGGAGCCUGUUGAAGGAGAAGAAAAUUUUGUCCCACCUAACAGAGAACCCAAACAGGAAGCAGAAGAAGAUCAGCAGGAAACUUUCGCAGAGACUAAGACAGAAAUACUACCUCAAGAGCCCAAGAAAAAACUUGGUAUUGCUUUAAAGAUCUCAGACUCUAGUUCUGCCUUCAUCAAGUCUGGAGAAAAAUGGAUGGACGAGGAAACAAGGAAAAAUUGGGAAGAGGGUCAGCUGUCUGACUCUGAGAAGUCUGAAGAAAAAUCAUCCGAUGAUGAUUUUGAUUUUUUGUCAGAUUCUCUUGGAGAAGCAGAUUCAAACAAUGACGGAUCAUUAGAAGAAGGAGAGAUUGAUACUGAGGGAGCAAAGUCAAAGAGCAAAAAGAAAAAGAAAAAACAUAAGAAGAAAAA